UAAAUUAUAAAAAAAUAAGUUUAAAAUAAUAAUUAUUUUAAUUAUAAAUUUAUAGUUAUUAAGAUAAUGUAAUUCUUAUUACAAUAUUUUAUUUUUCUGUGACACGUUUUGGAGUUUGAAUUUCAUGGCGGCCGUACCACCCUCUAAUGAUGUGGUGCUUGAGGAACUGAGAGAUGGAUUAGCGCAGUUUGAGUUGGCUACUUCCCCAGUUGCUUCAGUUUCUGCUUCCAGUUAUAGACCUCAUCAAACAGGAAAUGCUUUUGCUGUUUUGUCUGGCGCCACUGGGUAUCAUGUUUUUGCUAGAAUUGGACCAUCACUAGGUGGAGCUUCCCCAGCCUUAAAGAAAGCAGAACGUUAUUCAGUACAAAAAAUAACUGGUGACGGCCGCUGCAUGUUUCGUGCUCUGGUAAAAGGGAUGGCUUUCAACAAAGGUGUGAAACUUCACCCUCGAGAUGAAAGAGAUGAUGCAGAUGAAUUGAGGAUGGCUGUAAAGGAGGCUAUUUGUGAUGAUGAGAAAGAACGUCUUAAAUAUGAAGAGGCCUUGGUUGCCAUUACAGUUGAGGAGUCUUUGAGACGAUAUUGCCAACGCAUUGGACGGUCUGAUUUCUGGGGAGGAGAGUCAGAGCUAUUGGUAUUAUCAAAGUUGUGUUGCCAGCCAGUUAUGGUAUAUAUACCAGAACAGGAGAAUGAAGCAGGGAGAAAUGAAGUGGGAAUCAGGAAUUUAUACAAAUGUGGUGUUGAGGAUAUCAUCCUGAAUAACAUAUAAUGAAUGACGAGUGCUUAAAAGAAACACAGAUGAAUAAAGUGACUGAAGAUAUCUCAUAUCUUCAGUUCAUUCUGGAGGAUACAUAUGUUGUGUUCACCACUUUAUUCUGUCAUGAGUGGUCAGAUCUACAUUCACUCUAGUUCGAAUUCAUGGGCUCCUGUUAGUAGAGAUUGGUUAGUAUGGUGUUUGCUUCGGACUGUAAACUUGUAUAUAUAGGUACUGCAUUUGCAGUCCUGAAAUCAUGUGAGAAAGAGGUUGAAACGGUGAUUACCACCUUGAAGACUUGCUACCUAGUUGGUCGAUCAAGCCUAGACCGUAAGACUACAAUUGCAACAAUGUGUGUGUUACUGAUUUGAAAUAAUCUGGACCACCAACUAAUCUAAUGUCGCUACUAUCAUUGAAAAUUGUCAAAUCCUGUUUCCUUACCUAGUAAGUACUCCAUAUCUAAUCUCUUAAGUACUCCUAAACCUCUCUUUUGUUUGUUCGUUGAUAUGUUUGAUUUAAUGUUUUCUUAUGAAUUUUCUGCUUUUUGACUAUGAAACUGUAGCAUGGGGGAAGGGGCUCUGGUUUCAUUCCUAUUGCAGAAUAUGGAGCUGAGUUCCGUAAAGGUU